CCUCCUGCCUCCUCCGGGUCUGCGCCCUGAGGACUGAGGCUGCGUCAAGGCGGAGUAGCGGUGCUGCUGCUGCUGCUGCUGCUGCUGCUGCUCUGGACGCUGACAUAUCCUUAUGCACUGUUACUGAAUUAGCUCGGGAAGGGGAAAGAAGGAGAGAAAAACACCAACAAAAGGAAUCUGCUCUAGCGAUAUCCACCAGCCCUCCCCAAGUUCAGCGCCCAGCUCCUCCUCCGCCAUUGCUGCGUGUGUGUGAGCUUGGAGCCCAAAGCUUGGAGAAGCCACGCUAGAUCCUCGGGGGGUACUGCCUUUCUCUCAGAAGGAUGGUGAAACUGGGGAAUAAUUUCGCUGAGAAAGGCACAAAACAGCCCCUGUUGGAGGAUGGCUUCGACACCAUCCCCCUGAUGACACCCUUGGAUGUCAAUCAGCUGCAGUUCCCUCCUCCAGAUAAGGUGGUGGUCAAAACUAAAACAGAGUAUGAGCCUGAUCGAAAGAAAGGGAAAUUCCGUACUCCCAAAAUAGCUGAAUUCACAAUCAGCAUCACAGAAGGUGUUUCUGAGAGAUUUAAGGUGACAGUUCUGGUCCUGUUUGCCUUGGCAUUCCUGACCUGUGUUGUUUUUCUGGUGGUCUACAAGGUUUACAAGUAUGAUCAUACUUGUCCAGAAGGAUUUGUUUUUAAGAAUAAUCAAUGCAUUCCAGCAGGAUUAGAGAACUACUACUCGGAACAAGACUCCAAUGCCCGGGGGAAAUUUUACACAGUCAUAAACCACUACAACUUGGCCAAGCAAACCAUCACUCGCUCAGUAUCUCCAUGGAUGUCGGUGCUGUCAGAGGAGAAACUGUCAGAACAGGAGACGGAAGCCGCUGAGAAAUCAGCUUAGUGGGAUAGGCCCAUUAUUUCCAAUAUGUCAUUUUAAGGUAACAAAGGGACUUUAAGGAACAUUUCAUUAAAUAUAAUUAUGGAUAAUUUAGAGGUUACUCAUUUAUGGUGCAACUGCUUCUGUUUGCUGAUACUGCUUUGCAAAUAAAACUUGCUGCAGAACAUUCAUGGGCAUACAACCAAGUGCAUAUCAACAUUGCUUAAAGAGCUCUGAUGCCAUUCCCCACAUUAAGAAAUCUUCAGUUAGCUAACCCAGAUAUAGCCUGGGAUUUAUUGGAUGUUGUCAGAAAAUAAAUGUAUAUUGGAUUUGCCAGGGAUUGGUCUUCAGAUAAAUCAUGCAUUUUACUUGUCUGAAUUAAUACAUAUAUUUUUAAUCACCUUAUUGUUUUGCAAACUGAACACCACAGCCAUAACUAGAGUGAUCUCUUGUUUAGCUCACAGUGAACUUUCAGAGCUUAAAAAUUCUUUCCAGCUCAAAUUAAAUGAUAACAAUGCUGACACUUAGGUCAUCCAGUAAUGCCUGGUUUAGAGACCUAAGGGGGAAAAAUUCAUCAGGUGGCAUAUUUAUUGCAUUUCCUCCCCUGCUGUUGACUUGUAAGUGAUGAUGAGGUUCUCUACAACAAGGCAUGUUCAUUGGGGUUUUCUUAUCACUAUCAACAGAACAUCACUGCAUUUCCUUGGUGGUUUUGGCAACUUUUGAAAGGAGAUGAAGGGUGUUCUGUUUAGAAGUGGCCUCCUGGGUGGCCGUCCUGGACAGUGAGGAAACCCUUUUUUUUUUUUUUUUUGUAGAUAGUCUACUCUGUAAUUUAUCUGAUAGGAAAGGAAGUCUUCAUUCACACUGGUUCAUUUUUAUAUUCCAUUAGAAAUGGAUCUGCACUGAUCUUACUGUUUGCAAGUUAAUUAGGAAGCACUACAGGAGUUGGGAGUGGGUUGGGAAGGGAGAUAAAAUUGUGGUGGCUGUUUUAAUCUAAGCUUUUUGAAUUUCUGAAUUGCAAAAACUGGGAAACAGGUAUAAUAACCCAAGAUAUAAGGAACAGGUUAAAGAGGACAUGGAGAUCAGUGUUGUAGCUGCAGGUUCAAAUAGGAAAUUUCAUUUCACAAUCUCUGUAAGAAAAUCAUAUUUCAAUUUUAUUCUGAACAUCAAAUAUAUGUUUACAAAAUUGCCAGUUAGACAAAAUAAGUGUGUAAAACGAUUAAAUAUAAAAAGAUAUUCACAAUUUUUUUCCUCCACGUUAUUUUGGAUGUGCUAUCUCUAGUGGACAUGUCAAAAGUUUCAUUGUUUUUUAGUAGAUAACCGAAAUAAAAGCAAACAGUAGUAGGUUGUUCACCCAGAUUUAGUUAAAACAAACACGGUGAGCAUGGUCAAUUCUACCCUAGGUUCCUUAAUUUUUCUUCUAAGACAAAUAUAUUUUAUUAUCAAGAAUGUUUCUAAACAAGGACCAUGCUUUCUUAAUUCUACUGUUUUAAGUACCAAACAUAUAAUGAGUGUUCACUGAACAGUUAUGUACUGUAAAAGACUAGGGUAACAGUCACUAAGCUGUGUGGAAUGCAUAAAAAGCAAUAAAUUAUGUGCCAAAACUUUUCCUGCAUAAAAAAGAACUGAAAUCCAUGUAAACACAUGAUUAAAACAAACCAUGUUUGCGUUUUAUAGUAGAUUAUAUACUUUAUUGAAUGUAAAUUCAUUCGCAUGUAACUUUUGACAUUUUCACUCUGUGUAAAUAAAGUACAAUAAGGAUAUCACUGGCUGCCUAAUAUCUGUUUUGAGAGGUCACAUGCAUUUUCCAAAUAUUACAGCAGAACAAAUUACAUCAACACAUUUACAAAGGGGACAUUAAGAUGCUGAGACAAGGCAAGGCUUCUUGUCACAGGGUGGCCUACAUAGAGGUGGUUCACAGAUGUUUGCUCUUUCAAUCAAUAAUUAAUCUUUCAAAUUUCUACUCUUUAGGCAGCCAACUGCCGAGGGACAAAAGUAGGCCCAGGACUUCCAAUGUAGAUCUUCUCUGUACAAAGAACUCCUCUGAACAUAAUAGCAGGAGAUUGAGCCUAAUAUGAACUACCUGCCAGCCCUGUCAUAAAAGCAUACAACGUGAUAUUUCCGUUCAGGAGGCAGUCAAAAACAGCACCUACCUUAGGCUACUGGUUCUUGUCUAUGAGUUUAUGCCUUGAUUAUACCCUAGAAAUAAAUACUUGAUAAGUUUGGCUUUUAUCUAGUUGAUCUUUGGUUCUAUUGCAAUGUUUCAGUACCUUGUCAUUACAUGAUGUGUAUACUCUGAAUGAUCUAGAAAUCUUAAUUUUUACAUUUAUAAUCUACAAUAAGUUAAAUCAUGUCAAACAAACUCAUAAGAUUAACACGUAGACUAUCAUUUUUCUUUUCUACAAAUACAAUAUGCCUUUGUGAAUGAACAGUUAAUCAUUUCAGUAAGAUGAGAAGUUACAGGAAAAAGAACAGAAAUAAUCAUUUUGUAGGGAGAUUACAUAAAUGUUAGGUCUAACAAGAUGGGAAAUCAGUCUCCCUGCACAAUCUCUUCCUCAAAUUAGGGUCUAUGCAUUCUCUGCACACCAAAAGCAUUCUUCACAAUAUCACUCAUUUUGAUAAGAAACUGAAUUUCUCUACUACUGAGCUACUCAGUGUAGUUUUAGGUUUUUAAAAAGGUUUCAGUCAACAAUUCAUUUUACUUUUUAUUACUAAACUAAAACCUUGUAAGUGCAAGAAUUCAUUGUGUCUACUAAAUGUACUGAAAUAAUUUGAGGAUUCCCUUUGUGAGUGUGUACAUAUACAAACAUCCGUAAGUGACUUCGUUGUAAAAUUCUUGAGUCACAACUGGGUGACAGUCGCAUAAAACACCAUACAGUACAUUCUGCUUUGUUCAAAGCAAAGUGUUCUGUGAUUUAAUGUUCGGAUGAGCAAGGCACCAAGGCCUUCAGAAUGAAAAAGACACCAAAAAAAAAAAACCAAAACCCCAAACCCAACCACAACUAGC